AAUCAAACUACCUAUCCCAUCGAUAGUGUCAUCUCUAUCGCAUCGGCCGCAUUUUUACCCAAAGUUUUCGCGUUUUUGCAAAUUAAACUAACAAAAUGUCGAAGGCCCAUCCCCCAGAGCUGAAAAAGUACAUGGACAAGCGUAUGAUGCUAAAACUGAACGGAGGACGCGCCGUCACCGGCAUUUUGCGAGGAUUCGAUCCCUUCAUGAACGUGGUCCUGGACGACACUGUAGAGGAGUGCAAGGACAACACGAAGAACAACGUCGGAAUGGUGGUAAUCCGCGGCAACAGCAUCGUCAUGGUUGAAGCUCUGGACAGGGUUUAGCACUCGCCUCGGAUCCCAAUAACCUCAAGCACCCAAAAACUGUUAGCCGUAGUGUCUAGUCUUAAGGCUCUGAAACAUUCAUGCGCGCUGUACACCGUCAGAAAAAUACACAAAUUCUUAACUAAAAA